UGUCGGGACACAAAGGAGUGUGCACAGCAAUGGCACAGGCACUUGUAGGCUGACUUCACCUCUGACUCGACGAGGCAGGGAGCACUUGUUUGGGGUUCUGCCACAAACACAUAGACAGGCACAUAAAUCAGAGAUAGUGGUGAGACGGAUGUGAUACGAAGUCGGAGGCUAUACCUGUGCAGCUCCGUUAGAACUGAGUAUCGGAAGUUAAUAAUUUUAGAUAGAGCACUAUGUAGUUAACUGGAGCAGAAAGAGACUCAGGAGCCUAAUUUUAAGUGCACGCGCAUUUAACAUAAUAUGAGAACUGGGUUGAAUUAAACUGUCAGUUUCCAAAGCACAAAGAUCCGUUCAUUCGAAUCAAAAGACAAUCCUAUCACAUACUUAGCGGCGAAACAAAGGAUAACUCGCCUGCAGCACACACGGAAGCGUGCCUGAGAUAUGUCUGCGGUUGUUACUUUGUAUCCGAUGGUUCUACUCCGGCAUUGGGCAUGCAGACAGGCUUGGCUACAACAUACACACACACACACACACAUCAGGGACCUGAAUUAAUUACCCGUAAUAAUACCAAUCAUGAAUCAGAAAAUAAACAAGCUAUCACAAGUUGUGCAGUGAAGCAAACGCAACCCCUACACACAUUCUUGAAAGCCCGUAAGCCAAUUACAUAACACAGCGGAUUGUUCAUGCUUCUUUUGUUUGCAUUGACUGACAGUUCUACCUAAAAAAAAUGCUAGCAAGCUUGCUACUUUGUAUAAGAGACCAAAAAGCAGGUUUGGGACAUGUUUACAACUAGCGGCUGUCCCUGUGCCAUGUUUGAUGGACUUACCCAGAGUGGAAAUCACUGACUGUUGGGCAACCAAGAGUAACACUGACAAAUAUUCCGUCGGUCCGUCUCUAACGGUAUUUCUAUAUAGUUUAGCUAAUGUUUUCCUCCCGUGCCGCCGGACGAUGGCCCAUCGUACAUAGCUCAACCAAACAUAAUCAGACACAAUUGUCUGUCCCUCCUCCCGCUCGCUCCUAUUGGCUAAGGAUCCAUUUUCAAUCGGAUAACCUGAGGAUAUCUCUCUCGUGGACUGGCUUGAGAUUGUGUCGAUCACUGCCUCUUUUGCGCUCUACGACCGCUUGUAAACCAAUGCAUAGCUAGAUUUCUUACACAAAAUUAGCAGAUACUACUGCCAUAGACUGGCAGCUUAAUAUUAAUCAGUUAAAAUUAUACAUUCGUUACAUUAGGCAACUGUCUGGGAAUGCCUGUCAUCUUGAACAUUGUUAAAUCACACCACGCCACAUGCAGACUUUACAAUAAUCAAAAGUAUUUAGCAUAUUCAAUAUGUGGAUUUUUUGUUGUUGUUACAAUUCAGGUUCCUCCACACGCAAAUAAGGUCGCGCCCAUCUUUAUCUGAAAUGUUGCGCUUGUUGAUAGUGGUUGCCAAGCGCGCUGCUGCCAGACAAAACUGCAUUGAUUAUUCGUGUGAGAGACGAUUAUCGAGCGCAAAUCCGAUAUACAGAAAGUGGAGAACACGGCGUUGAACACGUGAAAGUAUGGAAUUUUGUUGUUCUCGCUGUAAAAUGACUUUCAGGUCAUCUCUUCUCCUGGACAAGCACAAGGAGAAGUUCUGCAUUGGCGGAGAGUUUAUAAAAACCCAGGAGCCAGAGACGCCACUGGACAUGCUUGAGAGAGUCAGGGAGCUGCAGAGAAGACGGCAGGAGCUGAGGAGAAGGACAGAGGACACCCGGAGGGUGGAGGGAGGCCAGGGGGUGAAGGACCGACACACCCCAGAGGAGAAGCCCCACACUGGAACACUGAGACCAGUGCCUUACAGGAACACCCACAGUGAACCAUCAGGGAGGGCAUGGGGGGGAUUGGGGUCUGGCCUGGGAGGGCCCGACUCCAGAACCCGGUCAGAGGACCACACAGCACAACUGACCCAACUGACACACCAGAACCCGAACCUAGAGAGACAAAGGAGAGACAUGGGGCAGAGGCAGAUGGAGAUGUCUGCACACAGCAGGAGAGUGUCUGAGCUGGAGAAGAUGCUGUGUGAACUCACGCUGCAGGAGCACAGGAACACACACCUGCUGGAGACACUACUGGAAAACCUGCAGCAGCCUAGCACUCAGACACUGAGAGGGACUGUUCCCAGCAGACACAGAUACUCUCGUGCCCACACCCCACAGGAACAUCCCAGACACCCCCCCCAGGAAGAUCCCAGACACCCCCCCCAGGCCCUCGUAGCACCCGGUGACACCCACACAUACGUGCCCGUAUAUGGUGGUGCAGGUCUUUCAGCAGAGAUCAGCUGCCUGCGUCUCACCUAUCUCCAACAUGGCGGCUGUGAGGUGGCCAUUUUGGCUCAGUUGCAGGAUAUGCUGGAUGAAGCCUUAAAGUUGGAGGGAAACCAGAGGAUCUGGCCCCACACUAGCCAGCCCCAGCAGAGGGACCGGAGCAAAAGCAGAAAGCCAGAACCCAGAAGAGGGCCUUCCCUGGCUGGGCUGAGCAGACGGGAGCUGUGGGAGGUGGAGGAGGAGAACCGGAGGCUGCAGGAGGAGAUCCUCCUGGCACAGCUAAGGAGGAGCAGGAGGCCCACAAGAGGACUCUCUGACCAUCAUCUGUCAGCCAUGAAGAUGGACCUGGACCUGCUGAAGCACGAGAUGGAGAUUCAGAAAAUGAGGAGGCAGAUGCUCACCAGCAAGACGCCUGGGUCACCCCUGCGUUUCCCCCCUCUGGUCCAGGUGAGGUCAGAGACUCCAGCUCUACAGCAUCUGUCUCUGGAGGCUUCUGAAGAUCUGGACCCUGCUCCCUAUGACCCUAUGGCGGGGCUGGUGGUAUUCUAUGACUGUGUGCUGGGACUCUCUCCAGACUUUAGGGUGUGCAGGCUGGAGGUAAGCCUGUCCAGUGGAGACCAGGAGCUGAGCAGCCCCACACCCUUGCCCCCAGCACACUCCCAGCCUGUCAGCCUGUCUGCCCUGCCACCACUCCCCCAGCAGUCCAGAGGAAGCAUGGCCAUUUUCGCCACCAGACAGGCAGUGCCCAUGCUCCUCCCCUCCUCCUCCAUCUCCCUGGGGCUCCAGCUGCAGGCCUCGGGAGGAUAUGACACGUGUGGACAGGAAGUGAGGCGCCUGGUGCCACGGGGCUGGAGCAAAGUUGAUCUGUUUGACAAACACAACCGUGUGCUCAGCGGGAGGUGGAAGGUUCUGGUCCGCGUACUACCGGUCCGACCCGGUCUAACCUCAAGAGAGAUCAAUACUAUCCCUCAGCUGGACCGUGCAGAACUGUACCUCAGGGUCGUAAAUGCCAGAGAUGCAGACUCCCAGAGCUGUGAGGUCAUCAGUCUCAGCUCCAUGGGUCUCUACAGAUACCCCCCUCUGAUUAGUGAAAGGAGCACACACCUCGAUCCCUCCCAGAACCGGUACCAGGCUCGGGACCAGUGCCAGGCCCAACUGACAGCCUUCCCCCCCAGCUUUCAGCAAGGGGAUCCUGGGGAGCCUGAAGACCCUACCCUGCUGUCCUAUCUGCAGGACUGACAGAGCUGCAGUUCUUCACUAAUGAUAAUGAUGAGGAUGAUGAGCUGAUCUGAGAUUCUUGUCUAAUAAAAUGUCAAUGAUU